AUGUUUGGAAGAGGGUCCCCAAGGCUCAAUUUGUUCCAAGUUGCAACUGCCCAAAGAAAGCCGUCUCCAAAGACUUCACGGGUUCAAAAGAAAAAGCCAUCACCAAAAGCUGUACCUGAUCGUCCAAGAGCUCAUUGGAAUGCGGGACUUGAAAAGGGUUUGGUAGAACUAUUACAUGAUCACAAUAAUGACCAUUAUAGGGGUCAGAAUGGGUGGUCCCCAGAUGCAUGGAAUAGGAUUGUCAAAUUGUUCUAUGAGAAGUUCCCCUAUGUCAACUUUACAAAGACUCAAAUUCAAGACAAAGAGAGGGAGCUAAAGAGAGAAUACAGACUUCUAAAAGAAGCAAGGAAGCAAAGUGGUGCGUCAUGGGAUGAUAAGCUAUGCAUGAUUGUAGCAGAUCAAGCUGUUUGGAACAACAUCAUUACUUCUCAUCGCAAUGCCAAGAAGUUCCAAAAUAAAUCUUUCCCAUUGUUUGAGGCUUUAGGAGAGCUAUAUGACGGACAAAUUGCUGAGGGAACCCUAAACUUCACGUCCAUUGCUCCUUCCCAAGUUAAUGUCACACAGCCCUUCCAACCAUCUCAAGCUACUGUCACCCAACAUAAUAUGGGAGAAGAAGAUGAGAGUCUCCACUUUGACUCUUUUGCACAUGAUGUUGAAACUGAUGAUGAAGACUUGAGGAUAUUGGAACAACCAGUUGCACGUGAUGCCACUGCAAGGUCAAGAAUGGGAAAAAGAGGUGCAAGUACAAGAAACAAGGACAAUGCUACAAGUGACAAGACAAAAAAGGCAGCACAAAGGCGUCGACAAGAUGGCAUGGAGGAGCUCUCAGAUGAUGAAAAAGUUUUGGCCUAUGGUGUUUUCAAGGAUGCACAAAACAGAUCUAUUUUCAUGACUGCAAAACCUUCUACACGUCUCAAGUGGUUAAGGAGGGAGGUGAUGCAAGCGUAA